UUUAUUUAUUCUGGUAUUUAUAUAUUUAUUGUUUUUGCAGGUUUCGUCCUCCAUAAAAGAUAUGAUUGUAAAAUACAUGAUGAACGUCAUCCUCCACUCCUUCAUUAGUAAAAUCAUAAAUGGGCUUUAUUUCGAUGACGCAUUAGUGAUACUGAAAGCUGAUUGGCUUGAUGGUUAUAUAUGCGGAAAAGAGCCAAUUUAAUCAAUCUCUAGAGUUUAUAAGAUGUCCGAUUUAUCCUCCCUUGUGCCUUUUUACACGCAUUUUGGACAGAAGCAAUGCCUACAUGAUCCAUUAGACUGUAAGUGCCUUAAUUGCGAAGUGGACGCUUUUGCUCAAUUAUGAAUAGGCUAAUGCAGAUUUUGGACACGAAUAUUUCCAAGGAUUUUAAUAAUAAUAAUAACAACAACAAUAACUGUUCAGAAAGAAUAAAAAUUAUAUUUAUUAAAGAAAACGUCCAAAUGAAGUUUGAAACAGUCAAUAAAUGUGUUCCGAUUCGACGUGCGCUCACGCGCUCUUCUCAUGUGCACGUGCAUGCAUGCGAUGAGUUGCUAUAGCGACGCGUGUUAUGAAUUCUGACUGAAUAUAUACACUCGAACCGAUCACUGUCUGUCGGUUGAGAGACGAAUUUACAGACUUUUGCAGAGUAUUUUCUGUGCGAAUCUUGUGACUUGGAAGCUGCUGGAGGAUUUCUGAGAGGAGACUUUUAUUCUAGAAGACAUCGCAGGAUAUAUCCUUUUUAUAUAAAGUUAUAUUUUUGAAAGAGUUCCUAUUAUUUUUGAGGAUACUUUUAUUUCAUUGUUCUUCUCUUAUUUUAGAAGGAGUUUGUUUUUAUUUCUUUUUUUUUAUUUUAUUAAUUUUUGUUUUGUUUUAUUUUUUUAUUUUCUGUGGAGGAGUAUUUCUGAGGAGAGUUGUAUUUUAUUGUAUUGCAUUUUGUAUUGUAUUUUGUAUAGUUUUUAUUGCAGAUUGCAGGAAGAUGUCGAUGGCUCACAUGAUGGGUGAAAGAGGAGGUCAGGCUGUCAGGUCCGCCGACAGCUUCGAUGGAUGGCUGUGCCCUCCGCUGCCAGGUCAAGUUCCUGUCGAGCCAAAGGAGACGUUACGUGGCCUAACUGCCCAGGGUGCCAUGGAGGCUUCUCCUGUGAGCGAGAGCUCAACAGAAAAACCUACAGAACGCAGGAAGAGGAAAAGAAUUCGUUCUUUCCUCAACAGGCCGUGGAAGGCGAUGAAGAGUCCUUUCCGGUGCUGUUGCCCCUGUAGUGAUGUGGAUGUUGUGGAGCCUUUUGUCCCUCCACCAGAUCUGGAGCCAGAGCCUGAUCCCGAGCCACCGUCACCUGCUCCAGAUCUGGAGCCAGAGUCUGAUCCCGAGCCGCCGUCACCUGCUCCAGAUCUGGAGCCAGAGUCUGAUCCCGAGCCACCGUCACCUGCUCCAGAUCACUCCGGCGUCAAGCCAAUUAAUGAAAAACCUACAGAACGCAGGAAGAGGAAAAGAAUUCGUUCUUUCCUCAACAGGCUGUGGAAGGCGAUGAAGAGUCCUUUCCGGUGCUGUUGCCCCUGUAGUGAUGUGGAUGUUGUGGAGCCUUUUGUCCCUCCACCAGAUCUGGAGCCAGAGCCUGAUCCCGAGCCACCGUCACCUGCUCCAGAUCUGGAGCCAGAGCCUGAUCCCGAGCCACCGUCACCUGCUCCAGAUCUGGAGCCAGAGUCUGAUCCCGAGCCGCCGUCACCUGCUCCAGAUCUGGAGCCAGAGUCUGAUCCCGAGCCACCGUCACCUGCUCCAGAUCACUCCGGCGUCAAGCCAAUUAAUGAGUCCUUUGAGUCUCUGUAUAACGUGGGAGCGAUGCUUGGAUCCGGAGGAUUUGGCAGGGUGUACGAGGGAACGCGCAAAUUUGAUGGCAAAAAGGUUGCCAUCAAGCAGAUGCUCAAGAUUGACAACGAUCGUUAUCUUCAUAUUCCUGGGCACCCCAAACCUCUCGUUACCGAAGUGGCGCUGCUGCUGAUGAUGAGGCGAGAACCCAUAUGCCCCUACGUCAUACAUCUAUACGAGUGGUUUGAACAUCCUCAAACGUUCACUCUCGUUAUGGAGUACCCGGAACCCUGCGAGAGCCUGCAUGACUUCAUCGCCCGUAACCCUCGACUGUGUGAACCAGCCGCACAGCUCAUCGUGCUACAGGCUAUGAUGGCGCUACUACACUGCCUCGAGCGUGGUGUUUUUCACCAUGACAUCCAUGCUGAGAAUUUCCUGUGGAACAAAGACACGUUUCGUCUCAAGCUGAUAGACUUUGGCUGCGGUCAGCUAUUUAGUAGUGAUGGCUACGAGAGCAAAAUAUACAUCGGAGCACCGCUUUACUGCCCACCUGAAGUCCUGACCGAACCUCGCUUCCACGCCGUCCCAACAAAUGUCUGGGCCCUAGGAGUCUUGUUGUAUAAGAUGGUGAACGGAUGUCUUCCUUUUCGCAGUAGAAGAGAAAUCACACAGGCCAAAAUUACAUUUCAUAACUCCACAUUAUCCGAAGAAUGUGCAGAUCUGAUUAGCCAGUGCCUAGCCCGGGAUCCCACUAAACGGCCGACGUUAGAGCAGAUGUUUCAGCAUGAAUGGAUUACAAGUGAUCUAGAUUGGGGAAGUUCAGGAGAUUCAGUCUGUCUGUGAUUUCAGGAAAUAACAUACUUGCUGUCCUUGGUGGAAGACUUGACCCGAAGCCUGAAGUCCAACCCCAACCCGACAGGGAACUCGGAGCCCGUCCACGUCUGAGCGAGAACACGAGAGACUGCGAGACUGGAACCAAAUCAUCAAGUCAUCCCAGCCACAUUUGCUUUGUUUUAAAAUGAAUUUUUGCUUUGUUUUUUAAAAAGUCAAGACACCUCAUCUUUAUUUAUAUAUAGCGCCUCGUAUAUGACCGAUCUGUACAUAUGUAUAUAUCAUUUUUGAAUUAAAGAAAUGUUUUUUUUAAACAGUCUCGGCCUAGGAGGAACCUUUGAAGUGAAAAGGCAAAGACCUAUUUUUGUGCUUCCCAAAAUAAAACUAAAUAAAAAUGUAAAUAAAACUCUA